AUGACAAGUGUGGGUACUCAAACAGAAGACUACAACCCUCUAACAUCAACACCGCUGAAGCGGAUUUUGGAUGACACCGAUGACCAAUCGUCAGACUUCAACCAACAGUGUGAUAGUUCUUGGUGCAUAGAGGAUGAUGAAGACAUUGAAAGUGAGAUGUCUGAAAUGGAGGACUCUCAAGAAGCACAACAAGAGGAUGACAGAGACUCCAAGUCUGCUGACAAAUUUAUUGUCUGCAAAGACCAGUUGAUGUCCCUAUUCACCAACUGCCCAGCUUGUUUUGAAGAAGCUCCAGGUGUAAUACAGCGGCAAGAGGGGACGUUCAUAAAAAUAAAGCAGUGUUGCUCACUAUGUGGCUUUGAGCGAAAAUGGCAGAACCAACCGAAGAUGCACAGAAACAUGCCAGCCUGCAAUUUGCUGCUUAGUGGGGCCAUUCAUUUCUCCGGCUAUGCCUGGAGGUCUGAACAAGUUAGUGUCCUGGAGCAGCUCAAGGAGAUAAAUGGUGGACUUAUUCUGUCUGGUGACUGCAGAUCUGACUCUCCGGGACACUGUGCCAAAUAUGGCACCUACACUGUUAUUGAAGAGAGGCUGAACAAAGUGUUAGAUCUUCAACUUGUGCAAGUAGGAUCCAUGGCAGCAAUUAAGCUGGAGAGUCUGGCCACGAGGAAUACAUUUUUGAAGGACAUCCGGCAACUAUCCCCACAACAUCAAACAUUUUCGCUGGAGGCCUUUCAUUCGCUGAUUCUCCACUUUGCUCCCAAACACACAGGAUUCUCCUAUCUUGGCAUGCAUAGCAGGCUUCUUUUGGCUGCCCUUCACUUCAAUCACAACAGCAGUCGGAAGUUACAUCGGACCAUUGCUGGUGAGGUCAGUUUCGCUGUAAGGUACCCCAGAUUCCGCAAAGGCGAUUGGGUAAUCCGUCCGAUCAAGGAGAGUCCUUCAUACGACUAUGCUGUAGCUCUCAUGGUGUCCCUCCAACAAACCUACAGCAGGUCUCCAUCUAUGUUGAAGGGGAAGAGCGCAGCCCUCGCGUCAUGUGCACCUCAACCCCUUACGGCAUCCUUCCAAAAGGUUUCCAAGGAUGAGGCGGUUCAUCAGUACCUUGCACGGCAUUCAAGGUUUAAUGCCAGGUGA